AGCCGCUGAUUCUUGUGUGAAAACAGAGAAACCAGCAGCAGGCAUCGCAGAGCCAYAUUUAGCUCCGCUUUCAGAAAGUGUUCGUCUAACACACUUCAUUUCUCCUCGGUUACGUUCGCGUACCAUGACCGAACAAUCAGCUUUACUUCUUCGAAAACAACUGGCAGAGCUCAACAAGAACCCUGUGGAGGGCUUUUCAGCUGGUCUCAUAGAUGAUGACGACAUUUACAAGUGGGAAGUCGUAAUCAUUGGUCCGCAAGAUACUCUUUUUGAAGGAGGCUUUUUUAAAGCAUACCUAACCUUUCCCUACGAUUAUCCACUACGACCACCAAAGAUGAAGUUUAUCACAGAGAUCUGGCAUCCCAACGUUGCAAAGAAUGGGGAUGUUUGCAUCUCGAUCCUGCACGAGCCAGGAGAAGAUAAAUUUGGUUAUGAAAAGCCUGAGGAGCGCUGGCUUCCAAUCCACACCGUAGAGACAAUCAUGAUUAGUGUUAUCUCCAUGCUGGCAGACCCAAACAGUGAUUCACCAGCUAAUGUGGAUGCUGCAGUAAGUUCUGCUAUUUCUGCCAUUCUCUAUAAGUUGCCUUUUAGCUCUUGUAAGCUUUGUGUCAAUUUAAUUGAUUGUGUCAUCGUUGCCCCCACCAAAGGUGAAAGGGCC